AGAAGAUGAAAAAGAAUCAGACCUUGGAAUAAGUGGACACGGCUAAACGCAUUUUUCUCCUUGCGUAUUCGAAAUCCGUCUGCUGUUGCACGACGUGAUACAAUGGAAUACCCGCAAGUUUAGCACGGAUAUAGGCAACGAAUUAAGAAUAUUUUCAGAUUCAUGUUUAGCCUACACAUCUACUUUACUGUGCGUUGGUUACAUAUAUUCUCUUGAUGCACUGUACAAUUCCUGGAAUACUUGGCAAGACGAACUUCCUUUUGUUUUUUUUUUCACUCUUUUAACGGAAGUUGUAUUAAGUUGGGAGAAGUGGGACAAAACCACGGAAUGGAAGAUACGAAAUUCCACAACGGCAUAAUUAACACUAUAACCGGAUAAUCCUCAAGAGUACAGCGUAGUUGUCCGCUACGUGAGGUGAUGUCUAUUGAUUUAGGGUACCGAAUGUGUGCUUGUACCAAGACGAAAUGAACGCACUUCCGUGGGAUAUUUGCGAAUGGACCGGACAGUGGCUCAGGGAGUAGACUGGUUGCUGAAAAUUCACAGUGGAAAUGUUUUGGAGACAGGAGAACAAUACCAGUUUGUUGCUGCUCGCCAGGAGAGAUGCCUGGCGUUUGCUCCUCGCCCCCAGCAGCAUUGGCAAAGACAAGACGUGGCUACACAAACUUGUGCAUCGACAGAUGUAUUUUGGAUUUGAUUGCGUUCCAGCAUCGACGGAUGUCUUUCGAUUUGGGAAUUAUCAGUGAUCAAAUUAUUAUACACGCCGACUUUUUGCGUGGCACUCGUUUUGGAAGUCAAAUUUCACUGGAUAUAAACACUCUGCACGGAAACCUGUUUAUCGUUUUUCGGGAAAGUAGAUGUGUAAUUUCUAAACGUAAGUCUGAAUAGAACAUCGUUCUAAAAUAUUACCCUGCUAUUCUUGCGCGUAGUUUUUAAAUGGUUGUAUUUUUUGCUCAGUCGUUCCCAUUUGAAAAGAGAAGUCAACAUGCCAUCUUUUUAACGUUUAUUUUCAUAUCUGAUGGAAGACGUGCUGAAUUGGCAAAGAGACAGAAUAUUAACGCACCUUAGAAUUAUAUUGGAGUUUAGCCUCAUGUUGCGUACUAUUAAGACUGGUAAAAAGGAAUACCGAUUAUUUCUUGAAUCCAGACCGUGGUGUUUGUGUGUGGAAACUGGUUUGAUAGAAUGACACUACGAUUUACAAGUUCAGAACAACUGGGUAUAGAAGUAAACUUUAUUAGAUUUUUUAUUAUUUGAUGUGAGCCUGAACACCAGUGUUGCCAAAAGUGUUCUGGACAGAACUUCCUUUUGCGAAGUGACAAGAGAGCUACACAGCAUUAAAAAUUUACUGGUUUGAGUAAGGGGAGGCAACAGAGAAAAAGAAAAAAAAAGAAAAGAAAAGAAAAAGAAAACAUCUGGUUCUUGGAUCAUGGCUGGAGAGUGCGCUGGGCGGUCUCUGGUUUUAUUAUCAUUCUUGGCAGUGGGGGCUGCGUUCUCCGGUGUCCUUAAUUCUUCAGACAAAGAUGUUUUCAACGACGACACCGAGCAGGUCAAGCUCGCGGAGGACGGCACCGCCGAACCGUGGAAGCACAUAGCGGACAACCUUCACCCAAACCUCUAUUUUGACCCGGUGGAUGUACCGUUACUCAGGCAGAGGUCCACCAGCACCCACGGCCACCUCUUCAAAGUGAUCCGCGUGGCCGUCGUGACCAUGCUGUCCAACGCCAACCUGUACCUGCCGCCAGCGAGGCACGAGGAUUUCGCCAGCAAGUGGAACGAGAUCUACGGCAACAACCUCCCGCCGCUCGCCCUGUACUGCCUGAUCUGUCCAGAGGACGGCGCCGCUCGCCAGUUCCUGCUGAGGUACAUGGACCGGAUGGCUGAGUACCCCAACUGGACGGUGACCAGCGCCCCCAACGACGAAGUACCCGCGGCGCACUCCCUCACCGGGUUCGCCACGGCCUACGAUUUCAUCUACACCUCCUUGGACGCGCGGAGGCGGGUCGGUUACCUCAAGAAAAUCCGCUCCGCCACCGAGGAGAUCUACGAGGUGUCGAAGCACAGAGGGUGGGGCAAGCAGUUUCUACAGAACCACCAGACCACCAACAUCCUGGCCAUUCUGACCGGCGCCAUCGUGGCGGGGGAGCACAACGACCCCGAGACGAUGCUGUGGAAGCAGGUGUGCGUGAACUACAUGGAGAAGACGAUGUUUCUCCUGAAUCACAUCGUGGACGGGUCCCUGGACGAGGGCGUGGCCUACGGGAGCUACACGGCCAAGUCCAUCACGCAGUACGUGUUCCUGGCGCAGCGCCACUUCAACAUCGACAACACGCAGAACAACUGGCUCCGGGCCCACUUCUGGUUCUACUACGCCACCCUGCUGCCCGGCUUCCAGAGGACGGUGGGCAUCGCCGACUCCAACUACAACUGGUUCUACGGGCCCGAGAGCCAGCUGGUGUUCCUGGACUCUUUCGUGCUGGAAAACGGCACGGGCAACUGGCUCGCCCAGCAGAUCCGGAAGCACCGACCCAAAGACGGCCCCAUGGGUCAGUCCUCCGCCCAGCGCUGGACGACGCUGCACACGGAGUACAUCUGGUACAACGCUCACCUGACGCCGCAGCCGCCCGCCGGGUACGGCGAAGCGAAGAUGCACGUCUUCUCCAACUGGGGUGUGGUGACGUACGGGGCGGGCAUGCCCAGCGGCCAGGGCAACACCUUUGUCUCCUUCAAGUCCGGGAAGUUGGGCGGACGGGCGGUGUACGACAUCGUCCACGCCAAGCCGUACUCGUGGGUGGAGGGCUGGAGCAGCUUCAACCCGGGUCACGAGCACCCGGAUCAGAACUCGUUCACCUUCGCCCCCAACGGGCAGGUCUUCGUGUCCGAAGCGCUCUACGGGCCCAAGUACAGCUACCUGAACAACGUGCUGGUGUUCGGCCCCUCCCCCACCAGCCAGUGCAACGAGCCGUGGGAGGGGCAGCUGGGAGAGUGCGCCAAGUGGCUGCGGUGGGCGGACAAGGAAGUGGGGGACACCGCCGGCGAGGUCAUCGCUGCCUCCUCCCACCAGGACGCCAUGUUCGUGAGCGGCGAGUCGGUGGGGGCGUACUCCUCGGCCAUGAAGCUGAAGAGCGUCUACCGGGCGCUGGUGCUCCUCAACUCCCAGACGCUGCUGGUGGUGGACCACGUGGAGAAGCGGGAGGACUCGCCGCUGAACGCGCUCAGCGCCUUCUUCCACAACCUGGACAUCGACUUCAAGUACGUCCCGCACAGGCUCGCGGACCGGUUCAACGGGGCUCUAAUGGACGUGUGGGACGCCCACUACAAAAUAUUUUGGGUCGACAAUCAGGGCGCCAGCCCGCCGGGCAGGAUACAGGAGGCGGAGCAGGCGGCGGAGUUCAAGAAACGGUGGACGCAGUUCAUCAACGUCACCUUUCCCAUGAGGGGCACGGUCACCCGGGUGGCCUACGUGCUGCACGGCCCUUACGUGAAAGUGAGCGACUGCAAGUUUGUCGAGGAGAGUAAAAACGGCCUGAAGCUGUCCGUGGUCAUCAACGACACCGAGAACAUCGUGUCCGUCGCGACGAACUACAAAGACAUCGGCGCCCGAUUGAGCUACCUGGGCUUCGGGGGGCACGCCAAGGUGGAGAACGAGCAUCAGGUCACACGUUUCGGUGUGGGAACUCAGCUCGUCCCGAAACAGAGCGCGGCGGACCGCAGCGUGUUCGACUUCGGAUUCGUAGUCAAUUUGAUAGCCGGGGCGACACUGUGCGUCGCCAUCGGAUUUUUGACCCUGCAACGGAAGUUCUACGCGUGCUUCAGCAAGCUCAUGCGGUACACCCUGAUCUCGGUCCUCCUGCUGUGGAUCGUUGAGCUUUUGUUCGUCUCCAACAGCUGCAAUCAGCUCCUCUGCGGAGUGAAGUGGAAGGGCGCCGCCGACCGCGGCGGCGGCGGCGCCGGUACGCCGCGCGCGCCCUCGGACUCGCGCCCGUUCCCCCUCCCGACCGUCGUCAUAACAACCCUGCCCGGGUUCGGUGCGGAGAUCCUCAAGCACCUGUUCUACAACACCUCCGAUUUCGUUUACCUCCGGGUGCCCACCGAGCACCUGGACGUCCCGGAGACGGAGUACGAGUUCGACUCCCUGGCGGACGCCUGCGAGUGGUCGAAAGCGGACGCCCGGGGCGGCCGUUUCCGAGUCAUCCAGGGCUGGUUCCACUCCCUGAUUCGCAACACCAGGCUGCACCUGCAGAACAUACAGCUGGACGAGGCCAGCCGGACCCGGCCGGGCCAGGGGGGUGACUCCUCCCGGCGCAGCAAGAGGAAGAGGAGCAGGAGGAAGGAGCCGCUGGCCGAGCCGCGGGGCCCCGGGAAGGGGAGCCUGGAGAGGGACGCGGAGUACAUCAGGGAACUGCGGCGGCACGUCGGCCGGUACCAGAGCGCCUGCGUGGUCCUGAGUCUGAGCAGCGGGAGCUGGCCCCUCAAGCUCCCCUUCGUCCAGGAGGUCGUCGGCCCUUCCUUGCGCGCCAUCAACGUGGUCCGGGACCCGCGGGCCUGGAUCUACCUGAUGCUGUACAACGGCAAGCCCAGCCUCUACUCCCUCAAGAACAUCCCGCAGCACCUGGCCCUGAUCUUCCAGGAGGACGGCAGCCGGGUCGGGUGCGCGGGGUUCGCGCCCGAGUUCCGGGCCCUGCGGCAGAUGCUGGCCCGCGCGGACACCGACCCGGUCCCGCUGCUCUCCCACCUGUGGCUGGCGCACACGGCCGCCACGCUGAGGGUCAGCGGGGACCUGUCGGAGGGCACCUACCUCCAGGUGAGGUUCGAGGACGUGGUGCACUUCCCGGAGGAGACCGCCCGGCGGAUACACUCCCACCUGGGCGUGCCGGUCACGCCGACGGCCCUCAACCAGCUCAUGUUCACCACGUCCACGAACCUGUACAGCCUCAUGUACGAGGGGGACGUGUCACCGGCCAGCAUCAACGUGUGGAAGCAAAACAUGCCCUACAGUGACAUCAAACUAAUAGAGGACACGUGCUGGUCUGUAAUGAAGAGGUUAGGAUAUUCAAGGUUUACAAGUUAAAUGCUGCGGGUCAGCUGAUAGCAUCAUCUAGGACUUUUUUUCAUUUUGUCUUUUGCACUAAUAGGAUAUGUAAUUAAAGUUCAGCCGUGGAUUUUUUAAGCGGAAUUGGACACUGAGGGAAAGAGCAAGCUCGACAAAAUAGGUUUCGGUUUUUUUCCUUUUGUCCAGAAUGUGUGGCUCACUUUGAUCUGAAGCAAUACCUAAAUGGUGGUCAAAAAUUUAUGUUUUACAUUAAAAUGCUAUUGGAUUUAUUUGGAUUGAAGGAAUACACAAAGUCCCAUUUUCUUUAUGCUAUGUCAAAGCCAGCUGAGCCUCAAAGUUGGAUGUGAGAAAGGAUGGAUGUUCUAUCUGUGGCAAUGUGGUUAGAAAUCUCAAAGAAAGUUAUACUGUAAUUUCAACAGUGGUUAUUUUUGUAAUGCUGUGCUCUGUGUACUGAUAUGGACCAGGUACUACAUGUUCUAUAGUAUACAUAUGUAAAUGUGGACAUUAUUUUCUUAUAAAGCAAUAGUAUGUACAUAAAAUAUAUACAGUUGUCUCUUUUUAUAUAUGUAUAUUUUGUAAACCGAUUUCUUUUACCAAAGGAUAAAUGACGAAACAGACUGGGUUUUUAAUUGUGCCGUGCUAAAAUAUAAAGGUUGAGAAAGGACACCUAGAGCUGUUCUCUGGAGGGAAAAAAAUCUGUGGUGUUUAAUUGGAUGUACAGUACCAAGUACACAGCGAGUAAAUUAUCCUUACAUAGCAGAUUUGUAAAUUGUAUGUCAGACCAAACAUCAACCCUGGAAUUUUAUGUUCUCAGGGAACAGCCCUAGACGUAAGUAAAUGCUAUAUUUCAAGGCUUUAUUGUGGGUAAGUCCUUGGUGGUUUUUUUGCACUGUUGUUUUGGGUUCACUUGUUUAUGCUUACAGAAGCGCUUAUGCUCAUCACCUCAAAACUGCAGAAAGAUGGCAGUGUGCUUAUUGACUUCAUUGCGUUGCUUAAUCUGUGAAAGGAUAAAUGCUGAAUGUUUGCAGUAUUGGCCUGAAGCUAGUUUAAGUGUCUGCUUUGUUCAUUCACACAAUCAAAGGUUUUGAAAAUUGAAAAUAUAAAUUGCAUUUCAAAAUGAAUAUGUACUUUUCCUUUUUUUUGUGAACAACCAUAUCUUAAAGUGGCAAAACAAAGCUUUGAACACACAAAAUACGUAAGAUGGAAACUAUAUUCUGACUGGGUAGUAGCAUAGAUAAAAUGGGUCUAACUGACCAUAAUGUUCCUUAACAAUAAAACUUUAGCCUGGGAGCUACUGGGUGGGUAAUCAUUAACACUUUGAAAAGCAGGUUUUUUGGAAUGUGGUUUUCAUUAAAGUAACUGUUCUAGAACUCCACUGCUUUCAGUUACCAGUUAUGAUUGUGACAUCAGCAUUAGAAUGUGCAGAAGAACAUUCUCAUCGCAUAUUUGUAAUUGCCCAGUGGAGGGAGGGACUCACUCAGCUGGAAUAGCCCAAUCUCACUGCUCACCAGCGACCCCUACUGGCUAAUUUGGUGCCUACAGUCUGCUUGCUCAAGCUGAACAUAAUCGGCCUGAUUCACUUAGACCUUCAGCAUGUGCAGUACCUUUUAGAACACGCAAAACCAAUAACAAGAACAGUGAUUGGUUAUGGUCUUUGUUUUGCACCAAUCACUGGCUGUGUUAUUAGUUUUGCAUAUGCUGAAGGUCUUAAUAACUCAGACCCCUUUUGUCAUUCUCAGGCAGAUGUUUAUGGAAGCUCAAUUUGUCGACUGUGGUGUGAAACAAUAAGCAAUGGCUUACCAGCUCACCUGGCAUGGGGGUGCGCUUUUUAAAGUUCUCCAGAAUUGAUAUCAGAGGUUGCAGAAAUGAUGCGUGACUGGUUAAUACAAUAAAAACAUAACACUUGUCAUUCAUUUUCUUUAAGCUUUGCAGGCAUAUUGUUGUCUCAAGUCUAUCUGAGAGGACUGAGCAGUUCACUGACAUUGUAUGUGCAAACGGCCUAAGACCUAAGGACACAUCCUUAAAAACUGGAUUCAGCUUUUGUUUUCAGAGCCGUUUACGGCUAAUCCCAAAGGCUUUAGGAGGUUUAAUCAGACGAAACGCUCAGGGAAGGUUACUCUGAAGUGGCAGCCUUGCGGGCUGAUUGUAAGGUGAGGGUCUUGAAAUCUCAGUGGAUGCACUCGGAACGCUUCAGAAAACACAAUUAAUUUGCGAUUGAGAAUCUGCCCUGAUGUUCGGGUUCCAGUGCUCUUUCUGUUUUUAUUUACUGCAACGCGUGUAGGAUGGAGUGUAGCACAGUGGGUAAGGGACUGGGCUCAUAACCGAAAGGUCGCAGGUUCGAUUCCCGGGUAAGGACACUGCCGUUGUACCCUUGAGCAAGGUACUUAACCGAAAUUGCUUCAGUAUAUAUCCAGCUGGAUAAAUGGAUACAAUGUAAAAAUGCUAUGUAAAAGUUGUGUAAGUCGCUCUGGAUAAGAGCGUCUGCUGAAUGCCUGUAAUGUAAUGUAAUGCGUGGAGAGUGUGCUCUCGACAUUUACGUGCCACAGUGGUCGUGUGUGCAUAACAAGGGAAGAUGUGUCAGGAAACGAUCUCCUCUUCUCGAAACUUACUUUCACUUCGUUUUCAAAUUAAACCGGCUGACUUAAGCCAAAAAAAACCGUGUUUAGCUGUAUCUCAGAUACAGUCGGUGAUCUUCGUAACGGCUCAGUUCAAGCAGAGCACGGUUUUUUUUUUCCAUUGGAAUACCUGCUGUGACCAAAAUCAUGUUUAAUGGGCCAAAGAAGGAGUGCGAGGGGGUAAUUAAUGCUCUCGCUCUGCUGUCUCUGUUCCUAACUGCUAUUUUUAUGCAUCUGUUUAUGAAGACGUUGCACUUGCCGCCGUGGCCUUGGAUUACAAAUCUGCUUCUUUUAUUUCUGCAAAUACGUUAUGCAUUUUUAAUACGAUUUCGACAGGCUGAAGUUGUGCGCGCAAUAUAAAUGGAGUUAAAAAAAAAGGAAAUAUACCGCUGUGGGUAUAAUUAAAAAAAUAUUGGUGUCAUGGUGAUUUUGAAGCAUUCUGUGAAUUAAGGGACUGAUAGCGUAUGAGAAAUGGGCACAUUAAGAUGCUGGUAGAGUUAAUAUUUUCUUGCUUAUGAACAGAAAAUGUAUUGCUGAGAAUAAGCACGUAAGCUGGUAAUUUCUCCAAAGAUGAAGAGUGCAUCUAGUAAUGCAUCUAGCAAACCAUUUUCAGCAUUCACAUAACUCAAGAAAAUAAGUACAACAUGGCUAAUACUUAUCACUAACAUCGCUGACACAUGCGGUACAUUUUGUCGUCAUGGAAAGUAAAAGUUUAGCUACAGCGUUUUUUACACCCUCAACACACACACGGCAUUUGUUCCUCUCUGUUUGCUCUCUUAAAUGAAGGGGGUUAAGGAGGCUGAAGUGAUGCCGGAGGGGAUCAUGGGAUUGAAUUUCAGCUGCCUGGCCCAUGUGGUGCCCUUCAUGUGCCCAUCUGGCACCAGUCACCAGGCCUGGGGGAACGCCUAAUACAGGCCCGCCCGCCCGCCCGAGACUCAGUACUGCAUGUUUAUUGGUAGGGAAGUUCUGGUUAAAUUGCAUUGGUACAAAAUGGCGGAACUGUACAAAACUCAUUGCUGCUUAUGGCAGGCUAGCUAGUUCAUUCACAGAUAGUUAUUUUUAUUCCUACUGCUCUGGGAUAUGAUCCCAAAUUUGACUGACACAUUUAUACAUUUUGCUUCUGUUCACCGUUUCUGUUGUAUCAAUGUCAAUAUCAAAAUUGACACUGACACAAUAACAUUGUACUGAAAGACCAGUGCUUGCUCAGCUUCAUAACAAACUGCAAAAAGUUUGUGUCAGAAUUUAAUGGAUAUAGGAGGCCUGUAUUUAUUUAUUUUUUGUAAAACUAAUGUUAACUGUGUUCAGAUGCUUUUGAUGCCUGUGUCCAAAAUGAGCAGAAAUAAAUUUGACUAGCCCCCAA